AUGACAGCGAGUAGCUCUAAGCGGGAGCGGCUCCCACCGCCGGAAACUCCGGCUGAGGUCGGAGAACAUACGCAGUCCAAACUUAUCAAAGUGCUUGCCGUGGAAGGCUUGCGAAAUGUGUUUGAUCCGCGAAAGCAUCUGAUGGAGAGUUGUACAAAUUUCCCAACUUGUUUGGAAUGGCACACUUCAUUCGGAAGCGGAAUCCUUUUUUUCCCCGCUCAAUUUCACACUCAUAUCUGUACGCUUUUCAGAGUCCUGUGGGUGUUCCUGAUCGGGUUCGCCGUGUACGGGGCGUUCUUCGUGGGUCGCUCCCAGUGGGUCCGGUUCCAGGCGAGCCCGACCGUCAUUCAGCUGGACAAAAACUACCGCGAGUGGGUUGGCACGAUGCCAGCGGCAACAGUUUGCUUCCACAACCGGUUCGAUCUGGGCAGGGCCCGCGACUACAUCGUGAGGUGAGUCAUUAAUUCAGACUAUGGGGAUGACAGCGGUUUCAUCGAUAUUCUUUGAUGUUUGAUUUUCAUUUGAAUUUAAAUAGCGUAAGUAUUACAA